CAGCUCCCCUGCGCUCCUGGCCUCCUCCCCUUCCCUGCCCUCUCGUGGGUCCCGCACUGCCCUCCCCUCUGCAUUUCUCCUCAGGGUCCUGAGGACCUGCACCCCUCUGCUUCCGUCGUCGUAGUGGUUACGUCUUCUCUGCGCCGGAAGGAGAACCGCGAACACUUUUGGAAUUAUGGCGGCGGUGGAUAUCCGAGAUAAUCUACUGGGAAUCUCUUGGGUUGACAGUACAUGGAUCCCCAUUUUGAACAGUGGAAGUGUCCUAGAUUACUUUUCAGAAAGAAGUAAUCCUUUUUACGACAGAACGUGUAAUAAUGAAGUGGUCAAAAUGCAGAGACUAACAUUAGAACACUUAAAUCAGAUGGUUGGAGUGGAAUACAUCCUUUUACAUGCUCAAGAGCCCAUUCUUUUUAUCAUCCGGAAGCAACAGCGGCAGUCCCCUACCCAAGUUAUCCCACUGGCUGAUUACUAUAUCAUUGCUGGAGUGAUCUACCAGGCACCAGACUUGGGAUCAGUUAUAAACUCUAGAGUGCUUACUGCGGUGCAUGGCAUUCAGUCAGCUUUUGAUGAAGCUAUGUCAUAUUGUCGAUACCAUCCUUCCAAAGGGUAUUGGUGGCACUUCAAAGAUCAUGAAGAGCAAGAAAAAGUUAAACCUAAAACCAAAAGGAAAGAAGAACCAAGCUCUAUUUUCCAGAGGCAACGUGUGGAUGCUUUACUCCUAGACCUCAGACAAAAAUUUCCACCCAAAUUUGUGCAGCAAAAGUCUGGAGAAAAGCCUGUCCCAGUGGAUCAGACAAAGAAAGAGGCAGAACCUACACCAGAAACUGUGAAGUCUGAUGAGAAGGAGACCACAAAGAACAUCCAACAGACAGUGAGCACUAAAGGUCCCCCUGAAAAACGAAUGAGACUUCAGUGAGUAUUGGACAAGAGAAGCUUCUAAGACUUCUUGUCCAUUAUUAUACCUCAUACUGUGACAGGCUCUGGAACUUUGAAAUUCUUUGUCACAACUCUCGUUUGUAUAGAAUGUGCUUGCUCUUAAUGCUCUUUAAGAAAGGAUAUAAGGACCCUCAUGCUUUUGAGAUGGAUAUUUGUAUGUAUCUUUUGUAACCUUUCCCCUACGGACUUGAGCAGCCUCCUCACUCACAUGUGUACUGCUUACAUAUGUUUGAAACCAAAUUAAAGGAUUUGUCUAAAUUACUUUA